GCCCGCUAGCACACAAACGUUUCUUAUCAAAAGCUAAGCUUUAUCCUUAUGUUUAAAAGUCUUGUGGUUAAAAUAACGACGUUUCAUUAACAUUGUCUAACCUUAAUAUUUACCGCCUUAUCGCAAGGUGGUCUUACUGUUGCAAAGAAGGAGGCUACAUUCUGUGAUGACGUUUUUGUUGUAGGCGUAACGUCAGCAGUGGGCGUUUCUUCUUGUAGUCCAACAGGAUGCAGACGGACUUGGAUCAUGGGGCUGUACUCGGAAGCAUUCGCUACCAUGAUAUUUACACUUCUGUUGAUUUACUACACGUCCUUAUGUGCCGGUUUUGAGAUGAAGACUAUUUAUUGUACAAUAUCUGACAGCUGCGACUGUGAUUUUAAGCCAGAUAUAAAGGGUUUAGAGUGGGACCUUUUUAAAAACCUUUAUGGUCAACAUAUGGUUCAGGACAUUGUUUCGGAAGCAGUGGUGAAUUUUUUACAGGAUGAAAACCCGGAGAGACCACUGGUGCUGUCUUUUCACGGAGCAUCUGGGACCGGAAAGAGUCUGGUCAGCUCUAUGGUUGGUCGGCAUAUCUAUGGAACAGCUAUGGGCAGUCCAUACAUCCAUCAAUAUGUUCCCACAUUACACUUUCCAUCAGCUGACCGGGUCCAACAAUACAGGUCAGAUCUGAAGCGAUGGGUGGAGAGAAACCUAACAGCUUGUGCACGAUCGAUUUUCAUCUUUGAUGAGAUGGAGAAGAUGCCACCCGGAGUGAUUGAUGUUUUAGAGCCACAUUUAGGCCCCUCUCAUGUACUUUUUCAGACAAACUACCGCAAGGCGAUUUAUAUCUUCAUAAGCACUAUAGGCCAGGACGUCAUUAAUAAACUUGCACUGGAGAGCCAAAAAGCAGGAAGAGAUCGAGAGGAAAUUCGUCCUGAAGAGCUGGAGGAUCUCAUAGCUGAUGCUGCGUACAAUACCAGUAACAGUGGAUUUUACAGCUCCAGAAUAAUUACAAAAAAACUUAUUACGCGUUUCGUGCCUUUCCUUCCCCUUCGACAACGGCACGUCGUGCGCUGCGCCCAAAGGGAGCUCUGCCAGCGCGGAGAGUGUCGUCGUGUAGAUGUGGCAUCGUCAGUAGGGGGCGCCAUGAUUUACAUGCCACAGGACAGCCCAUACUUCUCCAGCACUGGGUGCAAAUUAGUGCCGGCUAAAGUGAACCUGUUCCUUUGAGGACCGGAGAAGAAACUAUUUUAGGAACUUAAAAACAAUCGUUAAAACAGCUCUGCAGAUUAAGAGCACAAAGCCCUUUGGGUAAUGACUACAGACAUGAAAAACUUGAAUUGUGGAUUUAGGGACAUUUUCUUCGGAUGAAGAGGAAUGAAUGGCAAUAAGGCAAUUUCACAUUUCUGAGUGUUUGAAACACAUAAUACCAAGAUAUUGACAGUUAAUUAUAAAUUAAAUGCUUUUUGUAAUUAUUUAUUUCAGGAGAUAUUUCUGAUGUAUUUCAGAUAUUAGCCAUAAGGUGGCAGAAGUGGCUGCUCAAAGGAAGUUGUUUAUUUUUUUUCAACUUUUUUUAAUUUUAUUUAAUAUGCAUGUACAUGAUGUAUAAUAGCCUUUUCUUUUGGUAUUUAAAUAGGUUUACAAAAUCAAUCAGGGAUAUCAGAAAAUGAAAUGUAGCAGCCACUUUAUGGUACCACAUCAUGAUAAGCAUCUCCUCUUUUUUUUUCUUUUUUUUUUUUGAAAAGCCACAUAGUCCCUUUUUGUUUGAGGCAUCUUGUCCAUUUUAAUAUUUAAAGUAUGUUGAAUUAUUUUAUUUCAGUUUUUUAUUUCUUUCCAUUUUAAUAUCAACGAUAGACUAAUGGAGUAAAUGACUGUUUAUAUGGAAUAUACAGAAAUAAUUAAGUUUUACUUAAUUUCAUUUAAGACCCUAGAGGAGAGUGAUAUGUGCACAUUAAAUUAACAGCAAAUUAUGUAGAUUAUUUUGCGAUUUAAAACCAAUACUACUGAUCAGACAUCACAUUGAUGAAGUACAUCACCUAGUGGCCGGUGGUUUGUUUUACCAUAGUUUUUACCACAAUUCUACCAUAUUGUUAGUCCAUAUUGUUUACAUUGUAAAGUAAGUUUGCACAUUAAUUUUAGAAAAAGUAAAUAAAUCAAUUUCAUGAUGUAGCUUUUUCAUGAAUGAUCGAACUUUGAUGAAUCAGUUAUUGA